AUGCAGCUACAGAAGGAAGUCGUGGUCCGCAUCGCUCUGGCUCUCCAGCGUUUGAACCUGCAGCAGCAGCAGCAGCAAGAACAGCAAGCAUUGCAGCAGCAGCAGCAGCAGAAGACUCUACAGCAGCAGCAGCAGCAGCAGCAAGUGUACGUGCUGGUGCUGCCGCCCUGGUGUCUGCUGCAGCACUGGCAGCUAGAGAAGCCCUCGCGGCUUCGGUGGGGGGAGCUGCUGCUGCUGCAGCAGCUGCACCAGCUGCUGCCAGUUAUUGAAUAUGACGACUUUGCUGCACUGCAUGCAGAUGAGAAGCACCAGGUGGACGCUGUGAUGGUUUUACAGUACAAGCCAGAAGCAGCAGCAGCAGCAGCAGGAGAUACGCCUUGUACUAUUGCUGCUGCUGCUGCUUGCCCCGUCUUUGCUGCUGUCGCUGAGCAACAGAGCAGCGCCUAUAAGAUGUACAUGCAGCAGCAGCAGCAGCAGCAGCUGCAGCAGCACCAGCACCAGCAGCUGCAGCAGCAGCAACACCAGCUGCAGCAACAGGAGCAGCAGCAACAUUUCUUUUGGCUUGGAGGCUACUGCAACCCGAUGAAAGCCGAAAAAUCGGUUUGCAUUGAGGCUUCUCUACCGACUUCAACAACAGUUGCUCGCUGCCUUCCUGCUGCUGCUGCUGCUGUUGCUGCUGCUGAGACUGUCUACCUGAAGGCAAGGCACGCAGACUCGAUUGUUUCUCCCUUUGCUGCUGAAGCAGCAGCGUGGGGUUUAGGGUUUGGGGUGUACGUACACCCCAAGAUAGAGGCGGUGGGCCAAGCCUUUAUACACCACAUGCUCAGCAGCAGCAGCAGCAGCAGCAGCAGCUGCAGCAGAAGUACGCAAGAAUGCAGCAGCAGCAUUGGAGCCGGAGGCUCUGAAGCCGCAGCUGCAGCCGCAACUGCUGCAGCAGCAGCAAAGAGUCCGUCCGCCGUUGCAGAAACAGCAGCAGCAGCAAGAACAGCAGCAGCAGCAGGAACAGCAGCAGCAGCAGGAACAGCAACAGCAGCAGCAGCAUUUGUGGCUGCGCACUGGCGGCGCUCUGACUUCCGGCGGCUGGGCUUAGCAGCAGAAACUGCAGCAGCAGGAAAAGUUCUGCUGCAGGUUGCCUCGCGAGCUGGAGCUGCAGCAGUUUUGGUGUGCACAGACGCAACGCCUGAGGAGCGGCAGCAGCUCUCAGAAGCAUUUGCAGCAGCAGCAGAAGCAGCAGCAGCAGGAACAGCAGCAGCAGGAACAGCAGCAGCAGCAGCAACUCCCCAGCUGUACUUCUUUGACGUUGAAAUUGCUCUGCAGUCUCUGGCAGCACUGCUGCAACAGCAAGAGCAGCAGCAAGGACAGCAGCAGCAGCAGCAAGAACUGCAGCAGCGAGAGCAGCAGCAGCAGGGUCAGCAGCAGCAGCAAGAUGAAGCUCUGGAGAGGUUCUUGGGCAGCCGACUGCUGCAGCUGCUGCGGGGACACCCCGGAGCAGCAGCACUGGCUGAGUUUGCUGCUGCUGCUGCUGCUGACAUCUUCAUCGGCAGCAGCAGCAGCAGA